UCGGUAAACAUCUCAACUUACGGUUAUUUACAUUUUGUCUGGGAAUCGCGUGUAAAUUUAAUUUUGGAAGAAAUAUGAACUAUCGAGUAGCUAUGGUAUAGAAUAUUAAUAUUAAACCUUAAAUAUCCAAUCAAGAUGGAACUAGAUAUCUGGCAAGGAGACUGGGGUUUACCUUCUGUAGAUCUCAUCUGUCUUCAAGUGAUGGCUUAUGCAAAAUUUUCUGGCGCCCCUUUAAAAGUGAAGAAGACUAAUUGGCCGCUGUCUAGAUAUGGUCACCUACCUGUGUUUAGACAUGGGAAAAAGAAUACACUUACCACAUUUGAUAAUAUUGUGUCUUACCUGCAGAGACAGAACUAUAGUGCUGAUGCAGAACUGACACCAAAGCAAUGUGCUGAUAUAAUAGCAUACACUGCCUUGUUACGGGAUAAACUUUACCCUGCUUUGCUAUAUGUGUGGUGGGUGGAAGAUAAAAAUUACUGUGAAUUGACCAGACCCUGGUAUGCAAAGGCUUUGAGCUUUCCAUUGAAUUACUUUCUGCCUGGACAUCAACAGCGUGCUGCAAGAAAAAACAUCAAUAAUCUGUGGAGCUGUGAUUUGAUUGACGAGAGCCAAAAGGAAACCUCUAUUUAUAAAGAUGCUCGAGAAUGCUUGAAUUUACUUUCAUAUAGGCUGGGAGAUAAUGAGUACUUUUUCGGGAAAAACCCAUGCUCUCUAGAUGCCAUUGUGUUUGGAUUUUUAGCUCCUCUUCUAAAAGCUCCAUUUCCUAAUCCAGCCCUCAAGAACCAUUUAAAGAGCUGUGUAAAUCUUAGUCAUUUUGUCCAAAGAAUAUUAGAUAGAUUCUUCCCAUUGUCACCAGAAGAACUUGAAGCUUUAAGGAAGAAAGAAGCACAAGAAGCUGAAGAGAAAAGUGAAUUUCCUCAUAAAUGGAGAGAUAUAAUUUUAUCUGUUUUGUUUGCUGGGGCUGUCAUGCUAGGUUAUGCUGUAACCAAUAUUAAGCCCAUACAGAAGAAAAUGAAAAAAUUUUAUAAGUAAUUCCUUGGUUCAUCUAUAGAAAUUUUAGAAAUUGUAGGUAAAGUAUCCCGAAGACCAUGAUGAUUACUUAUAUGAUGAUGACCAGGAAUAUUAUGACGAACAAGAAGAAGAUAGCAAGAAAUAGUUUUGUGAUCCAGUUUGUACCUUCAUAAAUUCAUCAGCACAUC